CUCAGGUUUGGUAUAACACAAAUAGCUUUCUGUGGUGCGAAACGUGAUCCAAACACAGAUGGAUACGGAAUGCUCGCAGUUGCUCCCACCUACAUCACUACUCCACGCGGAAUAAACCUUCACGGCCAUAUGACAGUGCCGUUGGCAAAGCCACCGAUGUUAUCGAUUCAAAUACAGCGUACCGCACCCUGAUGUGCGACCCAAGAUACGAGCUUGGCCGCGGUUCUUCCUUGACCAGCUACUCCAUCUCUGGACAGACUCCGAAAUGCCGCUGAAAGCUCCCUAUAGGCUAAAUAUCCUGAAUACGGAUGGAUGUCUAGAGGCUAUAUUUCCAAAUGGCGAAAUGAAUUAUGGCAGAAAUCCCAUCAGACUUACCAGAAUCACCCCGCCAGAUAUUGAUCAAUGACAAGCAGAAUCUAUUCUUGGGGAUCUCCCAUAAGUCUUUGCUGGCUGCGAACUGUGUUGAUGUUGUUGGCAAUCUGUGGGGCUUCUCGUCGCUGGGCGGACAUAACGUUAUGCCUCCCCCUCGACUUAGCGAAGCCGCCAUCGCUCAACUUCAUACGGCAUAACUCCAGCUAAAUCCCAUAGUUAUGCCCUACAGAGAUAGCGUCGACCGUUUCGGAAAAGAAAUCGUUAUGUUUGAGGUGUAUAAAAGUCCAUGGAUACCCUUUUCCUCGGGGUUCAUCUUCAACAGCCCAGUUCCCCCCUUCUAUCAGAGCUUAAGAGCUUCAGAUUCCUAAAAAAAAAAAAAAUUUUUCAAUUAUA